UCAUACAUAACUUUGGACAUGAGCAUGAACAAGUAAUCGAUAAGCUGUGCAUAACCUAUUCACUAGUUAGUCACUAUUUCCAGCCUCUACGUUGAAUGUGGAACAUUUUCCGAUACAGAUUCGUAUAGCUUGCUCCCCAUCUUGGGCUCUUUGGCAGUUGGCCCCUAUUGAAAAUAGAGGUUUGACCAUGAUCUCUGGCUGGAGAGCCUUCUUGCAUCUGCAUAUGCAUAUAUAUAAUGGGCAGUCCCUAGCUUCAUCACGACGACGAAGCAAAGCAGACCUUCUUCACAAGUGCUUCUGCUAACAGGCAUCGUCGCAUCGCUGUAUAUUCCUGAAACCAGCUGUCCAUCCCACUGGGAGCACCGCAGAUGCCGCGAACGGUGUCUGAUGGGGGAGAAGACGACCAUGGCGCCGACGUUGCUAGCAGGACGUCGUCGCACCGCCGCAUGGAGCACGGACAUGGGUAUAAGGUCGGUGUCCCACCGAAGAAGAACUUCCUCACCGAGUUCUCUGACGCGGUGAAGGAGACGUUCUUCGCUGACGACCCACUGCGGCAGUACAAGGAUCAGCCCAAGUCCAAGCAGAUCUGGCUCGGCCUGCAGCAGGUCUUCCCGGUGCUCGACUGGAGCAGAUACUACUCUCUCAGCAAGUUCAAGGGUGACUUCAUCGCUGGGCUCACCAUUGCCAGCCUCUGCAUACCCCAGGACAUUGGCUAUUCUAAGCUUGCUAACUUGCCAGCAGAGGUGGGACUAUACAGUAGCUUUGUGCCGCCUCUGAUAUACGCCGUGAUGGGCAGCUCCAGGGAUAUAGCCAUCGGCCCAGUGGCCGUGGUGUCGCUGUUGCUCGGUACUCUCCUUCAGAAUGAGAUUGACCCCAAGACACACCCGCUUGAGUACAAGCGGUUAGCGUUCACCGCGACCUUUUUCGCAGGGGUCACUCAGGCAGCGCUCGGAUUCUUCAGGCUAGGGUUUAUCAUAGAGUUCUUGUCUCAUGCUGCCAUUGUCGGAUUCAUGUCCGGUGCUGCCAUCACCAUUGCUCUUCAGCAGCUGAAAGGAUUUCUUGGAAUUGCAAACUUCACCAAGAAAUCUGAUAUUGUAUCUGUCAUGAAAUCAGUUUGGGGAAAUGUUCACCAUGGGUGGAAUUGGCAGACAAUACUGAUAGGAGCGUCCUUCCUGGCAUUCCUUCUGGUUGCCAAGUACAUUGGGAAAAGGAAUAAAAAGCUCUUCUGGGUGUCUGCAAUCGCACCUCUCACUUCGGUGAUCAUAUCCACAUUUUUUGUGUACAUCACUCGUGCAGAUAAGCAUGGUGUUGCAAUUGUCAAGGACAUAAGGAAAGGCAUCAACCCACCUUCAUCUAGUCUCAUAUACUUCACUGGCCCAUACCUGGCAACAGGAUUCAAAAUUGGGGUAGUAGCUGGAAUGAUAGGACUAACGGAAGCAAUUGCAAUUGGAAGAACAUUUGCUGCCCUCAAGGAUUACCAGAUAGAUGGGAAUAAAGAAAUGGUGGCUCUAGGAACCAUGAACAUUGUUGGUUCAUUGACUUCUUGCUACAUAGCCACAGGUUCUUUCUCACGGUCAGCAGUUAAUUACAUGGCUGGCUGCAAAACAGCAGUGUCAAAUGUUGUUAUGUCAAUUGUCGUAAUGCUUACGUUGCUGUUGAUCACCCCACUGUUCAAAUACACACCAAAUGCAAUCCUUUCCUCAAUCAUCAUAUCAGCAGUGCUUGGUUUAAUUGACUACGAGUCAGCUUACCUUAUCUGGAAAGUUGACAAACUGGACUUUCUAGCAUGCAUGGGAGCAUUCUUUGGAGUCAUAUUUUCAUCAGUGGAGUAUGGCUUGCUCAUUGCGGUUGUGAUAUCUCUUGCUAAAAUUCUUCUCCAAGUAACACGGCCAAGAACAGUUUUACUUGGAAACCUUCCAAGGACAACUAUAUACAGGAAUGUAGAACAAUAUCCUGAUGCUACUAAGGUUCCAGGGAUGCUAAUUGUUAGAGUGGACUCAGCUAUAUACUUCACAAACUCCAACUAUGUUAAAGAGAGAAUCCUGAGGUGGCUAAGAGAUGAGGAGGAGGAGCAACAGGACCAGAAGUUACCAAAAACUGAGUUUCUAAUUGUUGAUCUGUCUCCUGUAAUUGAUAUCGACACAAGCGGAAUCCACGCUUUGGAGGAGUUGUUGAAAGCUCUUGAAAAACGCAAAAUUCAGCUGGUUCUUGCCAAUCCCGGGCCAGCCGUGAUCCAGAAGCUCCGCUCAGCUAAAUUCAUGGACAUGAUUGGUGAAGACAAGAUAUUCCUCUCGGUUGGCGACGCUGUGAAGAAAUUUGCUCCCAAGGUGGUGGAUAAUGUCUGAAGGAGUUUCGUAGUCAUGUACAGUACAUGAGCAAGGAGAAGUCUAUCUAUUCUUCAGCGAAGUCCAGUGGACACUGACAGUGUGGAUUUAUAGAGCAGAAGCAGAACAGAACGGGAGUAAAUAACAUGGUUUGCAGAAUGGUAAAUAAAGAAGAUGUUCCGGAGUUGGAGUUCAUCACGUUUUUCGAGAUGUGGUUGGAUAGAAAGCAGAUGGUGGCCUAGUUGUAGUUGGGCGUCUAUGACAGUCCUUGUGGUUGUGGAGUCUGUUCCGCGUUGGCAAGCACUUAGGUGAUGGCGAUCGAAGGUUUGAUGGAUCAGAAGAUAUGGAUGCAUAUUAUCACUGAUCGUGAAAGAAGAGUUACUCCCUCGCCCCCAAAAAGACUGUUUUAGCUACGAACCUAGACAAAUGUUUGUCCAUGUUCAUAGUUAAAAAGAUGGAGAGAGUACCACCUAUUUGGGAUUCCAGGCUUUGUGUCUGUAUCUUACAGUACUUAGCCCCUUUCCUUGUAAUUUCAGGUUUUUUAUGAGGUUUUACAGCUUAUAUUAUAUAUGUAUAUUCUGCCAUGCUGAUGCAUUCGUAAGUGUUCCCUAACCAAAAGAAUGGGUGCAAAAACGUGAUUCUGAGGUGCGAGGAAUUUGUUGAA